UGAUUCCACACGAUAGAUAUCAUCUUUAUAAGCAUCGCAGUCCAGCCUCAUCAGAUCCUGGUCCACCCUCUCACUCCCCCACUGAUCACUCGCCGCACUGCAUGCGACCCAGCCGGAGCAGAUUAAAGCUUCGCGCCGGCGCUGCUGCGCUUGCACAGUAGGCGAUGCUAACCGUGACGGUGAGCCAGGUGGUGGCGCUGCUCUCCUCGGCCCUCACCGGCGCCGAGGCCGGCGGCGGCGGGGGCGGCAUGGAGGUUGGGAAGAAGGUGGCGGCUGACAGCGAGCGGUGGCGACGCCGCGACGGGCACGACCGCGCGGCGGGGUAUUACUGCUGCGUGUGCAUAUCGGCGUGCCGCGACGGGGAGGAGAUCCGGAGCCUGCCGUGCGGCCACGCGUUCCACCGGGACUGCGUCGACCGCUGGCUGGCACGCUGCCGGCGGACAUGCCCGCUCUGCCGCCUGCACGUCGGCGGCGGCGCCGUGGGCUUGGCCGACGAGGAGCAGCAGCAGCUCAGCGAGGACCUCGUCAUCUGGUUCUCUUCCCUCUUCGUCGCUGGGUUGUAGGACUGGCCGUAGGAUCGACAAGCUAGCAAUGUGCAUUUGGUGUAAGCGUAUAAAUAUACGUGCAAGGAGUAUAGGAUCCUUCGUAGUUGGCUUCUUUAAUUCCUUUGGUGGCUGGCCUCUUCGGUUCUAGCUUUCUUUGUGAUAAAAGAUUAUUCGAAGGACAAAAGUUUCUUCGAUCGUGCUAAAAUAUUAUAUCAAU